GGUGAUGUGCCACGAGAGACUCUCCAUCACAAGCUAUCCUCCAAAGACUUUCUAACAAUCUAUGAAGCAACUGAUUAUGACAUGAGACAUUUCAUUGCGAUCUCGUUACCUUGACUAUCAUCCAACCCCCUUCUCGCCGGAGUCAAUUCUCGGACUGACUUCAAUUUGGGUUGCUCUUGUCUUUAUUCUUGUUGACUCAACUCACACACGCAUUUUCGACCUUUGAAUCCAUGAGAUUGAUCGAAGCAAAGAUAGGAACUUAGAUUCUCAUCUGGAUCCUGGGAUAACACGACCUUCUCACCCUUUCUUUUCCACAAUCAUAUUACCCCAUCGAGGAAGGAACUCCCGCGGGUCUUUCGUCUUUGACAUGAGGAAUUGUAUAGCCUAUCGCAGACCUCGUUGUUAAAUUCGAAAGCAUGGCAUACGUACCCUAAAGCUUCUUUCCAGAUCAUUCUUUGCCCUUCAAAUAUAACAAGAUACGUUGUCUUGAAUUACUGCUGGCAUGACUCGAGAAUCGGUCAGCACUUAGCCCGUUCCAUCUACACUUUCAGGACCGGAAAGAGAUAUUACAACAUACACCUUCUCAACUUGACCAUAACAUCAACAAUAGUCAAUUCAAUCAUAAUCAAAUCUUUACAGAUAGUACCAGUUCAUUCGGGAGAGAUCAUGCAGAAGUUAAUAAAGCCAUAUUUGCGUUACUUCAGUAUCUGUUCUCUUCUCAAUACAUACCUAAUCUUCUGUCUCGAAUAGAAAGAAUUCCAUUGUACUAAACUUGCGCAGUGCCAGUCACGGAUCUAUUCACUCGAUUACUAUUGAAAAUGACACUCCCAUCUCAAAUGACGGCAAGGGAAUUCUUCAACAACAGCCUACCACAAACAUCGAAUUAUCACGAUAUUACGUCGUUCGCAACAUUUAUCUACCCAAAAAUAUAAACAAUGGAGACAAUAAAAUUUGCAACAUGUAUCAUGAGGGGCAAGCACACAAUUAAACUGGCUGCGAAAGGAUAUGUACGCAUCUCCAGAGUUCUUCCUCUCAUUAUGUAUGCGGUCCUCUGCCAGGUACCAAGAACCUUCAAACAGAACAUUUUGAUGAAAAAAACGAUCUAUUUGAGGAGUCUGGUUUUCCAAACAAUCCUCACAAACUUUCGAGAAUUGACACUAGGGAUUUUUGUGGACACCAGGCUCAAAUUCUUCCUGGGAUUACGGUACCGAAAACAGGUCAUGAAGAUAGAAAAUAUAUGGCCAGAUCCUCUAUACCAAUUUCUGAGUCUCUGCCCGAUUUCAGAAGUAGAAGAGAUACAUACAGAGAUAAAGGCACCGUCGUACACAGUGGUUCGGUCCCCAAACUCGAAUAUCCCUCUGUCCUUGAGUCCAACAACUGGCGUACAAUCGAAAAGGAGACUAGCACCUCUCAUAGCAAGAAAAACAUCAAUCUUACACGUGCCGACGUCUUUAAAUAUGAUCGUACUAUCACUGCAAAGAUGACUCUGAGGCAAAGUGGUGGUCUUGCCAAGAAAUAUGAGAGGAAAGCUCAACGCACCAAGUUACCUGAUAGGCCAUGUACCACAUCUCUUACUCCUAUUCCGCUCAGCAUAUGCAGCUUUGUCAACGGUAAAGAGAAGGAAGAUAGAAUGAUACUUGCUCGCCAUCCUGCUGUUCAUGACGAACCCAAUGCCAAACAUUCAAUUUCCCAACUCUGCCCGUCUAUCAAUAACAAGUCAAUUAAUUACAGGCCCAUAUCUUUCAUUGAUCUUACAGGCCCACUUCAUUCUAAUUUUUCGUCAAAUCAUCAAAGUCAACAGCUCUACCCAAGCGAUCCCGAAUCACUGGAACCAGUAGCGAACGGCAAGUAUCCAAAGAGAGAGCAUGUUGUAGACCUAACAUUGGACUCUUCCACUCAACAAAAACCAUUCAAGAGGUCUCUGGUCACUGACAGUCGCCAAAGUGGCUCGGCUCGAAGUCAUUCCAGCAAUAACGCAACUUACGGAUCUCAUAAUCAAACACUUCUUUCUCCGGAACUCAAACACUGGAUGAGUUUCAAUCCGAUUAAACACAUUGUUCUUUGUUCUAAAGAUUCACGAGAUAUUUCAGACGGAAUAUACGACAAGAGCAGUGCGAUUUCUUCAACAUCAGACGAUAUUACGGCCUUGCUCAACAUCAAAAUUGAUAAUACCAAUAUCCACUCCGUACAUCUCAAAGAUCACCAAGCCGAUUCACCGAUUCCCUCCCUAGGUAACACUAACAAUAUGCACGGUUACUCUUCUAAAAGCUCAUUGAAAUUCGUCUCUACCAUCAGAUCUGCGGCAAUUGGUGAUAUAAUACUUCUGGUAUCAUUGGGUAUUCAAGGUAUUUCCAACUCACCUCGUGCGUGGGUGGAUUUGAGAGAGAAUUCCCCAGCAUAUAAAUUUUUAGUUGCUAUACAAAAACUUGGGAAUAUCAACUCGGAUCGAGGUUUAUUGUGGCGUAUUACAGAGAAACGAACGUGUUUGAUUUUCCCCUUGUAUCAACUUGUGCGAGUGUGUCUGGGGUUGGAAAGUCCAUGUGACGAAGCAAAGUUAUAUUCGGAGUACAUGACACUGUCGAAUGAUGCGCGUAAAGCUCUGAGGAAAACAGAGGCUAGUGUGGGAAGCGGAAACAAUGCCAACCAACACGCUCGAGCCUUAUUAUUCCGGUGGGCGUGCCCCAUUGACGGCUGCGGGAUGACUUGGUAUAGAAGCCUUGCUGGAGACCAAGAAUGGCAAACCCAUUGUAUGGUGGAGCACGAUGGUUUCCACAAACUCGUUUGUCCUCUGGCUGCCUGUAGGUCCAGGGUGUUCCGUGAUUACAAGGGGGUUAUUGAGCAUAUAGAGAAUGUACACAUUGCAGCGUUGGGUCUGCGAGAUCAUUAUCGUAACUCGCACGAUCGUGACAGGACUCUAUCCGACUUCCGAUUUACUUAGAAUAUUAGCAAAUGUGGCAAUACACGUUGCAGUUAUACAAACCAGCUUGCCCUAGAUACUCAUGUGGAAUUUUUUCACCCAUAUUCAGCUUGGAAAGAUCGCUUAAAAGAUUUUCCAAGCCUAGCAGAACAAAUCCAAAGCAAGUGGUCAACGGAAGAUCUUGGACCAUAUGACGGGACCGCUCUGAGCGAAGCUUUUCAAAUUAUUGAUGCGACAGUCGGUAGUCAAGGUACAGUUAUAGUGGGACGAAACGAAACAGAUCAAGGCGCAUUCCAUGGCAUGAAAUCACUCGAGAAAUCCUGGCGUUUCAUGGCAGAUUUCCUGAAAGCAACACAACAGCCUCUCCGAGCAGGAUUUCGAAUUCUUUAAUGCAAGAUUUAAAUGAGCUCUAUUGCAAGUAAUUGCUGCAAUGUAUUUUUCUAUCUAAGUUUUUUUAAUAUGGGAUGAGAUCUGGCAUUACUUAGCUAUGGAAGGCACAAAUAAAUGUCUCGUGAUGACAGUUCUGACGAUGAGAUCGAUUGUGCCAUAUUUAAUAGCUACAUGCUAGAUGGAGGAUUAGAUAUGACUGAAGAUACACGAGAUAAAAUACAUUUCAACAUAAAUUUGCUUGGCAUUCACACAAUUAAUUGCUAGUCAGAGAGUUCUCGGGUCAAAGAAUAAAUCCCUUAAGCCACAAUCAGGCGAUGUCACUCCAAGCCAUACAUAGCCAACUAUUUCAUUAUUCAUAACACAUCUCACAAUAUCGUUCAUUCUUUAUUGGCUAUAACCUGGGUAUUCUACUGUGAAGAUAUGAUCAGAUAUCACGGCAUGUGCUUCACAACUUCGAGAUCGAUUGGUAUUUGAAAUAGUAAUGAUGUAUACGUGUGUAUCACUGGGAAGAGGAUUGACGGCGAGAAGAAUAAGAUUAUAUCUAAUUUACAAUCCUGUUUAUAGUUGAAUGUAUUUACUUCGAUCCCAAUAUAGAGUAGGAAUCUAAGAAUCUUAAUAAUUUGAUUUUGUGA